AUGGCUGCCUUGCCAACACCCUCUGCCUCGCGGUCGCGAGGGGCCGCCUUUGCCGGUGCCACGGGGAGGACUGGGGCGUCCCAGAAAAGUGCUCGCACGGCGCUCGCGGCGCGAGGAGGAGAGGAGCGAGAUGUGGAGAUGUCUGAGGUUGCGAGCUGGACGGGCCUUACUCCUGGCAAGGAGUACCGGCUGCAGACGAUGUCCAUCGAAGAGGUGGCCGAGAACACCAGUACUAUCCGGUCACUGGAUUGGGAUCGUGACCGUUUUGACAUCGAGUUCCGCUUGGAGCGUGGGACAACCUACAACUCCUACAUCAUCAAGGGCGCCGAGAAGACGGCACUGAUCGACACGUCGCAUGAAAAGUUCGAGGAGCUGUAUACUGCUGCACUCCGGAAGGAGCUGGAUCUGGGUAGCUUGGACUACCUGAUUGUAUCCCACACAGAGCCGGACCACUCCGGCCUCAUUGGAAAAGUCCUUGACCUUGCAGCCGCACAAGGUAAUGAGAAGCUUGAGGUGAUCGGCUCCAAGAUGUGCAUCGCCUACUUGCAGAACUUGGUGUUCCAGCCCUUUAAGAACAGAGUCGUGCAGAAUGGCGUCCAACUGGAUCUGGGAGGCGGCCACAACCUAGAGUUUGUGAUCGCGCCGAACCUCCACUGGCCAGACACAAUGUUCACCUUCGACCACAAGACCGGGAUUCUUUUCACCUGUGAUGCCUUUGGCAUGCAUUACUGCUCCGAUGAGCCGGAAGACGUUGAAGGCGUCAAGGAGCUACUGCCGCAUUAUGCGACCUACUACGACUGCCUGAUGAAACCCAACGCGCGCUCGGUACUCACAGCCCUGAAGAAGAUCCAAGAUUUCGAUCUGAAGGUUGUGGCUACCGGCCAUGGUCCGAUGCUCUCGCAGAACUUGGACACCUUCGUUGAGUACUAUCGCUCGUGGAGUGAGAAGGCUACCGCCAAGAUCGGUCCAUGCGUGGCAGUCUUCUGGGUGAGCCACUUUGGUGAGAGCGAGCGUUUGGCACAGCUCUUCGCACAUGGGCUUACCAGCUGCGGUGUGAAUGUGGAGAUGCAUGACCUCAAUGCAGUGGAUGCUUUGGAGAUAAUGGAGUGCGUGGGCCGCAACCAGAUUAUUGCCUUCACGGCGCCGCCGCGCGAGACGCAGGCGGCCACCAACAUCGGCAGUCUCGUGGCCAACCUGAAGCCAAAGAAGCACCAAUUCGUGGUCUUGGACAGCUGCGAAGAUGCCCAGGAGCCCGUGGCUCUGCUCCGAAGCAGGAUGCUGAAAGCGGAUAUCCCGGAAGCCCUGCCGGCAAUGGAGGUGAAAACCCGACCCAUCACGACGCAGGUGCUUCACAGCUUCGAGGAGGCCGGCAUGCAGAUGGGCAAAAAGCUCUCGCAGAAGAGCAAAGCAGCAGCUGCAAAGAGCCAGGACAAGGAUCUUUCCAAAGCUCUCGGGCGCCUGGCGAGCUCCCUUUACAUCGUCACAGCCAAGAAGGCUGGAGUUCGGCACGCCAUGGUUGCCAGUUGGGUGACGCCAGCUUCCAGUAAGCCGUUGGGUGUUUCCGUCACCAUCGCCAAGGAGCGCGCCAUGGAACCUUUGCUUCGAAUUGGUGAUACCUUCAGCUUGAACAUCCUGGAGGAGGGAAAGCCUCAGACGUUGCAGGUGAUGAAGCACUUCCUGCAGCGCUUUGCUCCCGGCGUCGACCGCUUGGAGGGCGUGGACCACAUCGAAGGAAGCAACGGCGCCGCCAUUCUCCGGUCAGCGUGCGCAUACCUCGAAUGCAAGAUGAUUUCGCGCAUGGAUGCGGGCGAUCACUGGGUAGGUUCUGUGGCUAUCUGGGAGUUCCAAGUUGAUCCAACUCGAGGUUUGAAACAUGAGGUUCUGGAACCUCUUGAGGAGCCUUAG